AUGUCGGCCGUGAGAAUCGUCCUGCCGAAAUCGUGGGAUAUCGAGGUCAACAACCAAAAUCUGGAAUAUGUCGACUCUGCGACAGGUGUACUUCGAAAGCUACGAGCAGCAGUGGAUAGAAACCCCUCUGCGAUCGUGCUGCGUGGACAGAGCAAGAUCCUAGUCAAGGUGGCUGAUGAAAUUGUUCGGUACUGCAAAGAAGCUGAAAUCUACGAAUUGGGAGAAGUUGCGACAUCAGAUUACAGGACGAGGCAGUUGUGGCCAACCAUUGAGAAUGCACCUAACGGAGGUGCUUCGCUUCCUGAAGAUCACUCCGAUGAAAUUUGGGUGCACAAGGAGUAUCAGCAGCACUUUAUUACGGUGCCAUAUGAAAAGAUUCCAAGGCCUGCGGAAUGGACAAACGACAAUUUCGAGCAAUACAUCGCCACGUUAUGCUACGGGAAAAUACCUUCACAUCUGGCAAUUCCAUUUUACGGCGAGCGGCGGACAAAUGGAAGAUUCAUCGAUACCGAUGGUAUCAGGAUCAAACUCAUUGUCGAUGCUUUCCAAGACCCCACAGCCAGGCCGUUUAUCACAGCCCCUGUCUUGAAGAUGGCUAUAUCCAUGAUGGCCUUCCGAGGCGGUCAUCGUGCCUCGGCUAGUCACCUUGUGCAGUUGGGUGAGGAAUGGGGUACGCCCAUGGACACCGAUAUCUACAACAUCAUGCUUGAAGGUUACGUUCACAAGCGCGACAUCGGCUUCUUCUAUGGGUUCCUUCGAAGAAUGGAGGCUCGCUAUCAUCACCCCAAUAUCCGGACAUGGUUACUAUUCCUUCAACUUGUCAAAGGAGAGGAUGAACGGAGACAGGUCAUUGUGGCCAUGUACCAGCUGGGAAUGUUCAAUCAUGUGGCUACGCGUCGUGGCAUUGCCGAUGUCAUGGCUCCUAUGGACGCAUACGCUGCCCUGAAGGCCGGGACUCCUUUAAAGACCUUUUUGACCGAGCAGAACGAGCGCUAUCUCAAGGACUGGCUAGCCAUCGAUGGUCUCAACGGUAUCAUCACGGAGUUUCUCCGCUUUCACCGUCCAGAAGAUCCUCGAAUUGAAGAUUGCAAGACUUUGAUAGAUACGCACGUCAGCUCGGGUCAACGACUUGAGUUGAAAACCAUCAACAUCUUUAUCAGACAUGCUGCUCUGACUCGCGAUUGGGAUACCGCUUUCUGGGCGCUGAGUCUAUUCAAGGAGACGGGCUGCGAGCCUGAUCAGGAAACCUACGCUGGUCUCAUGUCUCUCUCCAUUCAAACACGCUCACCACAUGCCCUCGGAACCGUCUACUUCUACGGAGUCCUCCACCGCAAGCUCAAGAAGGCCUCGCGGCAGAUGCUUAGUAAAAUACUGCUUCGCACACACCCCGAUCGAUUUUGGAAAAAGGUUCAGCAUCAGCCGGGCAUCUUUCCCAGGCAGGCUAUCCCCGAGCUUCAUUACAGGAAGAUUUUCAAUUUGCGGACCAUCAUGUCCCGCAUCGAGCGCGUCAUUUUAGACAAAUGGGCAGGCUACGUGCCAGCCAAACCUCUUGAGCGUUCCCUCGAACUCGCGUAUCGCUCCAACGAUCAGCCUAUGCACAACCAGAUUGCCAGCGGCCAGUCGAUUCAGGUGCAGGACCUCAUUGUCAAGCUCCGCAGGGUGGAUGGGCAGCCAGGUAAUAUCAAUGUGCGCCUCAAGGGUCGUUUUGACCCUGAGCGCAUGGUUGAGAACUGGAGGGCGUCUGGGGCAGAGCCAGACGAAGUAAAUCAAAACAAUGACUCAGAUGAGCCUGACAGUUGGCCUGAUCUCGAGACACUACCGGAAGGCCAAGAAGCGGACCAUGAGCGUGAAGGCGAUGUACAAGAAGGCCUUUCAGGUGUUCAAGAUACAAAUUCUUCCACGAAGACGAAUUUGAAAGAGCUCGAUUCGAAAGUCAUGGAAGAUGGAGAGAACAACAAGACAUAA